GCCACGAGGAUGGAAGCGGCGGCGCGCCUCGCCAACGCGGAUGUGACGACGCUGAAGCCGCCGCAACACGUAGACGAUAAUCAAACCCUCACGCGCCCGGUCUUGCACGCACUCCCAAGUCGCACAUCGCCCCGCCUCGGCCUGUGCGCGGAGCUUUCGUCUCUGACGGCGGAGACGCUCCGGCCACCAGUGUUGACGCGGCAGUUGGUCGACGAUUGUCAUUAGCUCUACGUAUGCUGAAUUACGGCAUCCCUGCACCCAUUGGAGCGCUCCGGUUCUUCUGAAAGCAUAUAAUCCCGCCGCGCCCUCUCCAGUGACUGUUGUAAACCCUCUUCGCACCUUUCACACAUCCCACAUCAUGGCCAACCCUCCCCACGGCGGCGUCCUCAAGGACCUUAUUGCUCGCGAUGCUCCCCGCAGGAAGGAGCUGUCCGAGGAGGCUGAGAAGCUUCCCGCCGUCGUCCUGACCGAGAGGCAGCUUUGCGACAUGGAGCUGAUCCUGAACGGUGGCUUCUCCCCUCUGGAGGGUUUCAUGAACGAGAAGGACUACAAUGGCGUCGUUGAGAACAACCGUCUCGCCGAUGGCAACCUUUUCUCCAUGCCCAUUACCCUCGAUCUCUCCAAGGAGACCAUUGAGGAGGUUGGUGUGAAGCCUGGUGCUCGCAUCGUCCUCCGUGACCUCCGCGAUGACCGCAACCUUGCCAUCAUGACCAUCGAGGAUAUCUACAGGCCGGACAAGCAAAAGGAGGCUCGUGAGGUCUUCGACAAGGACGGCGAUGAGGCUCACCCCGCCAUCAAGUACCUCUACCACUCAGUCCAGGAGUUCUACGUUGGUGGUAAGCUUGAGGCCAUUGACCGUCUCAUGCACUACGACUACGUUGCUCUGCGCUACUCCCCCGCGGAGCUCCGCCUCCACUUUGACAAGCUUGGCUGGUCCAGGGUUGUCGCUUUCCAGACCCGUAACCCCAUGCACCGCGCUCACCGUGAGUUGACGGUCCGCGCUGCCCGCCAGCGCCAGGCCAACGUCCUCAUUCACCCCGUCGUCGGUCUGACCAAGCCCGGUGACAUCGACCACUUCACUCGUGUCCGUGUCUACCAGGCCCUCCUGCCCCGUUACCCCAACGGCAUGGCCGUCCUUGGUCUCCUGCCCCUGGCCAUGCGUAUGGCUGGUCCCCGUGAGGCUCUUUGGCACGCCAUCAUCCGCAAGAACCACGGUGCUACCCACUUCAUCGUCGGCCGUGACCACGCUGGUCCCGGUAAGAACAGCAAGGGCGUCGACUUCUACGGCCCCUACGAUGCGCAGGACCUUGUCACCAAGUACAAAGAUGAGCUCGGCAUUGAGAUGGUUCCCUUCCAGCAGAUGACUUACCUGCCGGACCGUGAUGAGUACAUGCCCAAGGACGAGGUCCCCAAGGACGUCAAGACCCUUGACAUCUCCGGCACUGAGCUCCGCAAGCGCCUGAGGACUGGCGCUCACAUUCCCGAGUGGUUCUCUUACCCCGAGGUCGUCAGGGUCCUCCGCGAGUCGCACCCUCCCCGCAACCAGCAGGGUUUCACCAUCUUCCUUACUGGUUACCAGAACUCCGGCAAGGACGCCAUUGCCCGUGCCCUUAACGUUACCCUGAACCAGCAGGGUGGCCGCAGUGUCUCCCUCCUCCUUGGUGAGACCGUCCGCCACGAGCUCUCCUCCGAGCUUGGCUUCACCCGCGCCGACCGCAACACCAACGUCGGCCGUAUUGCCUUCGUCGCCUCCGAGCUGACCAAGGCCGGUGCCGCCGUUAUUGCUGCGCCCAUUGCUCCCUUCGAGGACGGCCGCAAGCACGCCCGCGAGAUGGUUGAGAAGUACGGCACCUUCUUCCUGGUCCACGUCGCCACUCCCCUCGAGUACUGCGAGUCCACGGACAAGAAGGGCGUCUACGCCAAGGCGCGCCGCGGCGAGAUCAAGGGUUUCACUGGUGUCGACGACCCGUACGAGGCUCCCGAGAAGGCCGACCUCGUCGUCGACUUCCAGAAGAGCAACGUCAGGACCAUCGUUCACCAGAUCGUCCUGCUGCUCGAGGGUGAGGGUCUGCUUGAGCAGUUGUAAGGGCGGUGUGUGUUUUGAGCAUUCACAGGGAUAUCCAUGGCGCGACAAUUGGGGGAAACAUAAAUCAAAGGAAUAGAUCUAUCUAGAGUUGGAUCGUCGGUUGGAAAAGCAAAAGAACGCCGUUGGAUUGUUUUAUGACACAAA